UGUUUUUCUGUAAAUCAGAACAAACUUUAAAUAGUGUACUGUAUUUCAAAUGCGACUGACAUCUCGCACAACAAAGAGAAGAAUAAAUACACGUCAAUAACAUUGAAAGGACAACUUCUGCGUGCGUAAACGAUCUUUAUUUAAAAGACACUCUCGCAUAUGCCUACGCGGCCAGUUCACAGCAGCUUCGGCGGCCGGCAGCAUAAGCAGUGGAUUUAUACGCGCAAGCGUGACACGGAAUUUACAACAUGGCGGAGCGCAGGAAAAGCAGGAAACGCAAAGAUGAAGUAGCCAGUUUGGACACAAAGGUUGCUCAGGACAAACCGUCCAAGGAGGAAUACGCGGUAGCGAAGUGGAUCCGCAAUAAUGUGCCGUCGAAGAAGACCAAGUUCGAUAGGACUCACAAUGUCGAAUACUUUACUGGAUCGCGUGCGGUUGAUGCCUUACUGGAAAAUUCACCCUGGAGCACAGUGUUCGAAAACCGUGAACAGGCCUCUCAGUUUUUGGACCUGAUGCUAAGGCACAAAUUCUUUCACAGAGCCAAGAAGGUAGUGAUUUCAGAGGAGGAGCUCAACAAAAUGAGGGGAAUUAAGAAAAAGACUGUGAAAGAGGACAAAAAACCUGGAGAAAAGGAAGAUUUCAAGGAAAGUAAAGAUACAGCUGUGGUGAAGGAUGAGAAAAGCGAAGAGAAAACUGACGAACGGAAGGAGCAUAAGAAGAAACCAAAAGUGAGACUAGAAAUGCACAUGGAACAAUACUUUGUGGACGGUAACGAUGCAUAUGUGUGGAUAUAUGAGCCAAUUCCUGUAUAUUAUUGGUUCUUCGGCACUCUCGUAGUCUUAGGUGCGAUAGGGGUCUGUCUCUUCCCACUGUGGCCCUUAACUAUACGUCACGGGGUGUAUUAUCUGAGCGUUGCAGCCGCGGGAUUCCUCGUAUUUAUAUUAGCGUUGGCUAUUAUUAGAAUGAUUGUAUUCUGUCUUCUGUGGGUUCCCACUUUGGGUAGAUGUCACCUGUGGCUACUACCAAACUUGACGGCUGACGUCGGCUUUUUCGCGUCCUUUUGGCCGUUAUAUCAGUACGAGUAUUACGGCCCCAUGUCCGAUAGUGACAAGAAGGCUAGUAAAAAGAAGAGAAGGAAAGAAAAGGAUUCUGAUUCUGAGGAUGCUCCAUUAGUUCAGUCAGAAGAGAAAUCUAGCGCGGAUGAAACCACCAAGGAAGAGGCGCGAAUCGAAGAUCUAUCCAGCGAAGAGAGGAAAGCCUCGUCCGAUUCGGCUGAAGGGGAGGACGGCAGUGAGGAAGGUUCGGAAAGCGAGAAAUCUAAUACGGGUCGAGAUUUCGUUAUGGUUUAAGAUAAAGGAAGUGGGAAAAGACGACUGGACAAUAGAUGCUUCAUGUUUGUUCGGACAAACAACUAUAUUAAUUAUCGCAUUAAUCAUUGCUGAAACCGAUAUAUGCUUGCGAUACGUCAAUCCGGUCGCUGUUAUGCAUCGUUUUAAAUUCGAGUUUGAUACCCGAAUUUAAAGUACUUGACUGCAACGGUUAUCGUUUCAAGGAUUUCUUGCAUUUACGUACGAUCACGACGAAUGGAAAAAUCGCUUGAUUCUUUUACAUGCAGAGACUGUUCUGUGAUUGGCGUGAUUGUUAAGUAUUGUCUUUACAAAGCGUGAACGUGAUAAAGCAUUUUAUUCUCUGUAUAAAAAUAUGUGUAAUGUAAUAUGUGUAAUAUGAAAGAAUCAUGUUAUGCAUUAUUACGUUAUCGAGCGUAUAUCAGUUUCCGUUGAAUAAAUUGUGCGUACUGUCUCGAAGUCUUCAAUUUCGCAUCGCGAUCAAUGUCUACCGACAAUGUAGCUAAUUAAUAUGCACUGACUUCUCUGACGUCUCUUAGAUAUGAAUCUUCGAGUCUGGGGAAAAAUAAUUUAGCAGCUGGAAGAGAAGGAAUCUUUACGGGUUUAGAACUUUAAUGAUUUCUUCGUUGUUCGCCGAUUUAGCGCGAGUUCCUUUUUUAGCCAGAAUUAGAUGCAAUUUUACAGAAAUGGUAUAUUUCGAAUUUACAGACAAAUAAUUUAUAUUUUUAUGCGAAAUUUCUCUAAGAUUUAUUAUUAUUAUUAAUAUUAUGAUUAUACUUUUACGACAUUAUUAUUACGUCAGGAUAUUUGUAGGUAUAUCAGUCGUGGAUUAAUCUAUAUCGAAAUAAAAACAAAAUAAAGCGUUAUCUAUUAAGUAA